AUGAAGUUUGAACUCGGCCUCUCGUUCCUUUUUGUUCCCUUCGUUCUCGCCGCUCCCAGCCCAGACCAUAGUCGGCGAGCCUUCACGCUUGAAACGCUGACUGGCCCCAAUGGACCGCAAAUGUACUUCAAAUUUACAGCAAUUGGGGGAAGUAUCUUCGCCAACAAGCCAAACGAUGACGCCAGAUGCGAGAGAGGUGCUAAGCAAGACUAUGCGACCUUCACGUUGAAGAGCGACGAGCUGUUCCUCUACUCCAAAGGCAGAAGGCGCCAACAAGUCUACGGCACCAACGGCGAGUUGUUAGGUGCUCUGGGAUACAUAACAGACGGCGAGGAAGCUCCGGAGGGAAGCACACUCAAGGGUUGGGCGAUUGACAGGACUACCAAUGAGGUAAGGCUGAAUGGGAAGCGUUUCAGAGGAUGGACGAACGUCACGACGGGAACACCAGACGACAUCUACCAGAUGUACAUCAGCGAAAUCGAUGAUUUGCCCGAGGGAUACACGGCUUGGGGCGGGAUUGUGUACAGCGAAGAGAACCCGAUUAGCUGCGUGUACUCGUGA